CUGAAUUAAUGGUGACUCAGGAAGUGCCAUGCAUAUCUAGAUGUCUUGAAGAAGCACAUUCAUUAGAUGAAUUCAGUACAUCCUAUAAAGAAGUACUUAACACUAGUAACAUGAUUUGGAGGCAGCAUACUACCCACAGGGAGUGAGACUGUGUUUUUCCUCUCACUAUAAAAUCCAGAAGCUUCUUCUUCUUUGAAGAUACCUUCCUAAUUAUGAAGCUGAAGCUUGGUGACAUUACAAAACUAUGAAAGGACACAUUUCUGAUCAUAUCUGCUAGACAUGAUAGUGUUCUGUGUGUCUUGCUUGCAGAAGCAAUAUAAAUUUCUGGUUUAGUAGCAGAAUAAGAUAUACUCAAGAAAGAAAACGCAGUGAAACUCAGAUGUAAGGUAGAAGAGAAAUGCUUUUUUUUUUUUUUUUUUUUUUUUUAAUAUGGUUCAAAUCCAUCCCUGGAAAAAGUGUGAAGUUUCUGGAGUCAUGGCUAAAGCUGACAUCAAACCAAAAUCUAUAUAUCAUGCCAAAAAGUGGUCAGAUGAUGUAGAGAACUUAUACAGAUUCCAGCAAGCUGGAUACAGAGAUGAGGUUGAAUAUAAACAAGUAAAACAAGUUGAUAUGGUAGAGUGUUGGCCAGAAACUGGAUUUGUUAAGAAACUUCAGAGAAGGGACAAUACGUUCUAUUAUUAUGAUAAACAAAGAGAAUGCGAAGACAAAGAAGUCCAUAAUGUGAAAGUUUAUGUGUAUUAAUUUUGUUAUUGUUCUGAUUUGUUUGCACUUUUUUAUAAAUCUGUUUGCUAGAAUCUGUAAGUAAAUGAAGUUGUGUAAUCUGACUUACCUUAAGUAUCAAUGUCAUUCUUGGAUAGAAGGGGGAACACAGAAAAUUAAGAGAAGCCUGGAACUAUAGACAUAGAAAUUUCAUUUUUUUCCUGCUAUAACCAAAAGUCUUAUUAUCCCUCAUUUUCCUAGUUACAAAUGUUUCGACAUAAAGAUAAAAAGCUGGUAAAUGGGCAUCAUGUAUUUGGUUUAACUGUUUGUAAAGUCCAUUAUAAGU